CUCUCCAAAAUAAAUCAAAACCAUUUGUAAUUUCGCUUGAGAAAAAGAAGUGCAAGUAUGUCAAGUGUUGUUUGUUCCAAAUUUGGAUGUUGGAAUUGGAAGCCAAGGCUAUAGGAAAAUGUUUGGAAUCAUUACUGCAAGUUAUAGAUUCGAGACUCAACUGAGAUGCAAAAACAGAGUGUCAGUCAAUGAGAGCAAUUUUACAUCUCCUUCGCUCACACUCUUCUCCUCUCUCCCACUUCAAUUUUCAUAUCCAUCUCUGUCCUCGUUUCUUCUCAUCAUCAUCUUCUCGCUUUCACCUUCACCAACCCACCUCCGAAGAAGCACUGCAACAACACUCUCACCAUACCCAACACCUCUCCACAACUUCCCACAGAGAAAAACCAUUGAUUUCUCUCAUAAAAUCAUGUUCAAGAAACAACCAUUUGGUUCAAAUCCAUGCCCAUCUCCUCCGAACAUCUCUCCUCCAGUCCCCCAUCAUUUCUCUCGCCUUCUUGACCCACAUCGCUCUCUCUCCGUCCCGCAAUCUGAGCUAUUCCCUUCGAUUUUUCUCUCAAAUUCCGAAGCCCAAUAUCUCUCAUUACAACAAUAUGAUCAGAGUUUACUCAUUGAGUAAUUCUCCUGAGGAAAGCUUCAAAUUUUACCGAGAAAUGCGACGAAAUGGUAUAAGCCCUGACCCAUUAUCUUCUUCCUUUGUAACCAAGUCUUGUAUUAGAAUGAAUUCGUUAUUGGGUGGUUUGCAAGUUCAUGCUAAGAUUUUGAGUGAUGGGCACCAAUAUGAUAGUCUUUUGAUGACUACUCUGAUGGAUUUGUAUUCAAUUUGUCAGAAGUGUGAUGAUGCUUGUAAGGUGUUUGAUGAAAUGUCUCACAGAGAUACUGUUGCUUGGAAUGUCUUGAUUUCUUGCUACACUCAUAAUGGUCGAACCCGGGAUGCUUUGGGUGUGUUUGAUACGAUGCAGAGCUCGCGGUGUGGUUCUCAACCUGAUGAUGUUACUUGUCUGCUUGUACUUCAGGCUUGUGCCAAUUUAGGUGCGUUGGAAUUUGGCGAGUGGGUUCAUAGUUUUAUUCAAGAACAUGGAUAUGGAAAUGCUCUCAAUCUAUGCAAUUCUCUUUUAGCAAUGUAUUCGCGAUGUGGAUGUGUUGAUAAGGCUUACGAGGUGUUUAAGGGCAUGCCUAAUAAAGAUGUGGUUUCUUGGAGUGCAAUGAUUUCGGGUUUAGCAAGUAAUGGACAUGGAAAAGAAGCUAUUGAAGCAUUUAGGGAGAUGCAGAGAAUGGGUAUUGUGCCUGAUGAUCAAACGUUUACAGGGGUUCUUUCUGCUUGUAGUCACUCUGGGCUUGUUGAUGAAGGUUGGAUGUUUUUCAAUUCUAUGAGUAAAGAAUUUAGGAUAAUGCCCAAUGUCCAUCAUUAUGGUUGCAUGGUUGACCUCUUGGGUCGUGCUGGUUUGCUUAACCAGGCCUAUGAUCUUAUUCUUUCAAUGGCUGUUAAGCCAGAUGCUACAAUGUGGAGGACUUUGCUUGGAGCUUGUAGGAUUCACUGUCACGUUACCCUCGGAGAACGCAUUAUCGAACAUUUGAUUGAACUCAAAGCACAAGAAGCAGGGGAUUAUAUUCUGUUGUUGAAUAUUUAUUCUUCUGUUGACGAUUGGGAGAAAGUGAUAGAAGUGAGAAAAUUGAUGAAAGAGAAAGGAAUCCAAACCACACCGGGAUGUAGUACAGUUGAAUUGAAAGGAGUAGUACAUGAGUUUGUAGUCUACCCAGAAAAAAUGUCGUCUUCAAGCAUUGGAGGUGGAGAAGGACAAAUGUUGAGGUUCAUGAGCAAGAAAUGUCCUUGUGAGAGAAAAGCAGCCAUUAGAAUCGUGGAGUCUGAGAAGCUUUCAAAAGGUAGGUUGUACUAUGUUUGUGAAAAUGUGGGUUUGGGGGGUUGUGAUUUUUGGGCUUGGUGCAACCCAAUUGGAUAUGCUCCCAUCUAUGGAAAAGAUGAGAUUGAUGAUGAGAAGCCAAGAGUUGAGGAAGAUGUGCAGUUUAAUGGAAGACUGAUGAAGCUGGAGAUGAAGAUGGAGGCACUGACCAUGAUGAUGAAGACAUCGAUAGUGGUUUUGCUUGUGUGUUUCAUUUCCACCAUGUUAAUGUUCAGUAUGAAAUAA